AUGUCGCGGCUCUCGAGGGAGAAAGAUGAGGAGCGGGUGGACUUCAUGCACGUCGAUGGUUCAGCACACGAUGCAAGCAAACGAGACCCCGACCUUAUUCAGUUGGGAUACGUGCCUGAAUUGGUACGCAACCGUUCGAUGUCUACCAUCUUGUUUCAGAGUCUGGCAAUCACUGCAGUUCCGUUCGGCGAGGGCACUGCGCUGACGAGUGCAAUUUAUGGCGGAGGUCAGCUAUCUUACUUUGUCGGUUGGAUUGUGGUUUCUAUUCUGAAUCAAUGUCUUUUCAUGUCGCUGGCAGAAUUGUGCUCUAAGUUUCCAACAUCUGCAGGCCCGUAUUACUUCACCUAUCAGCUUCUUCCAUCUGGUGGCAAGCUCCGUACUCUGCUCUCUUUCAUCACAGGAUGGACGUGGAUCAUCGGAAAUUGGACCAUCUGUCUUUCUGUCAAUUUCGGAUUCGCCGCUCUCAUUGCAGGAACUGCGACCAUGUAUCAUCCUGAGCUACUGCUCAUCUUCUACGCGAUCUGUUUGGGCGUCUUCCUGAUUGUGGCUUUUGGCAAUCGCAUUCUUCCCUAUGUCGACACUGUGGCAUCUGCCUGGAAUGCCGUCACAAUCUUGAUAGUCCUGAUUGCCUUGUCAGUCAAGGCUGGCGCUGGCCGACACAGUGCAGCUUAUGCUUUGGGACAUUACGACAAGAGUUUCUCGGGAUGGGGCAGAUUCACGUUUUUCAUCGGUCUCCUCCCAGCUGCAUACACCUAUGCUGCAAUCGGCAUGAUCACCUCGAUGGCUGAAGAGACCACCCACCCAGCAAUUGACGUGCCUAGGGCGAUGAGCUGGUGCAUUCCAAUAUCUUUCGUUGCUGGUCUCUUCUUUGUUCUUCCCAUAUGCUUCACUCUGCCUCCACUGGAGGACAUUCUGGCUGCACCUUUGGCUCAGGCAGUACCAUUCAUCUUUCACACGGUGAUGGGCUCUCCCGGAAGUGGAUUGGCUCUUAUGUUUUUCGUCCUCGGUGUUGCAUUGUUCUGCAGCAUAUCCAUCACUACCGCAGCAUCUCGAUCGACGUGGGCAUUCGCUCGUGAUCGCGCAAUCCCUCUCUCCUGGAUAUGGUCGAAGAUUGUGAUCGAUACUCCAAUUUUCGCACUGGCACUGGUGACUUUGGUUCAGAUGUUGCUUGGCCUGAUCAAUCUCGGAAGCUCGAGCGCAUUCACGGCGUUUGCUUCGACAGGUGUCAUUGCGCUCGCUGCUAGUUACGGCAUUCCGAUCGCAAUCAGUCUCUUCGGCGGUCGCAGUUUCGUGAGACAGGCACAAUGGAGGCUACCCAGCGCUAUCGGGUUUCUGUUCAACGCGAUUGCUGUAGUAUGGGUCGCAUUCCAGCUUGUCCUCUUCAGCAUGCCUGCUGCAUUACCUGUGACGAUAGUCAGCAUGAACUACGCGUCUGUUGUGUUCGUGGGCUUACUGGCGUUGAGCAUGGUGUACUAUAUCGUCUUCGCUAGAAAAGUCUACGUGGGACCUCCAGAAUCUGAUGGGCUGUGA